CGCGUGUGAGGGGCUGCGGGGUGCCCCGGCCCGGGAGCCCGCGCCGGGCCCCGUCAUCGUCAUAGGAGAUGAGUGGGACGACAUUGACGACUUCGAUUUGUCGGGAAUCGAGAAGUAUUGCCGAGCGCCCGUCCUGCCCCCGAAUGGGCGGCGGGCCCCCUGCAAGGCCGCCCAGGGACUCAGCCCCCGCCUGGAUGGGCCCCCCGGCUCUCCAGCCGCUGUGGGCAACAACGCGGGGCUGAACAGUGCGCUGGAGCAGGGGGAGACCUCUCCAGGGGCUGAGCCACUGUCCUUGUCGCAGCAAUCUCUGAUCUGUCUGGAGGAGUCGGCUCCCCACAGCACCAGCGAGGCCGAGGGCCUUCGGGAGGACCUACCUGCUGAUGUGACUUCGGGUGAUGACAGGGAAGAGACUCACCCAGGUGAAAGUAUUGAGAGCCAGAAGCUGAGCAGCAAUGAGAAAAACAGUCCCCCAGAAGUGGCUGAGAUUGAGCUGCUGGCAGACACCGGGCUGGAGGAGGAGGAUUACUUAGAUGUCAUUCCACCUUCUCCUGAAGAAGAGCUGCCUUCCUUCUCACCUUCUGUGAAAAGCAUUAGCAAUGUUUUCAAAGGGUCUUCUGCUGGUGGGAGGUCUGUGGCGAGCAGCACCGAGCCCAGGGCUGGGGAGGCCACCUGGACACAGCCCCUUACUGUGGAGGAUGCAGCAGAUAAAGGCUCGUCUUUGGAGCAGCAGCUGUACGGAGUGAUGGAUGAGAUCUGUAAGCUGGUGGAUGCCAUUCCACUCCAGGAGCUGCAGUCUCUGUCCUGUGCAAAACAGCUUCUCCAGCUGAGAGACCUCAGGAGAAAAUUGCUAGAUAAUCCUUCCAGCUGGAACAAAAGCAUGACCAAGGGCACUUUUCCUGGAAGCUGGAAGGCAUGUGUGGAGCGGGGCCCUGCUGCUGUGGGUGCUGGUGCUGCUCUGAGUGCUGGCCCAAACUGGAGCUUCAGCUCUGACAGAAGCUCUCCAAGAGCCACAAACCUCCCAUCUGUGCUUUCGGGGCCUCCUGAUUCAAACAGUUCUUCUACCAGGAUAAAUCAAACCUUGGACACCUCUUAUGCCUUAAAGCAAAGUGUUGAGGAGAUCACCUGCCCAGAAGCUACAGUGCCAUCUUCCAGGGUAAAUGGCAAAGAGAGGCCUUCCCUCAGCCUCCACCCCAAGACGCCCUUGGACAGCAGCUGGUGUGAAAAGCCGGGGCUGAGACACGCGGGGAACCGGCAUCCUCUGGAGCAGCCUCUUACCAGCACAGCCCUGAAAGCCCCAAGCAAAGCCUCUGCUGGCACCCCUGCAGGAGGCACUUCAGGGAUCAACGCUGCAGACUUUGACCCUGAUCACUUUGAUAUCGAUGACUUUGAUAUUGAGGACUUUGAUGAGGGCUGGGAGGAUUCAGUUUCUGCACCCCAGAGGCCGCCUGAGCCCUUGUGUCAGCCUGUCAGGGAAGGUUUGCCUGCCACCUCCCUCUUGUCAAAGAUCAUGUCCAAAGCCAAAGGAUCUGCUGCUGUCUCGAAUCUUGCUGCUCCAAAAUCAAGCUUCUUGAUGCCAACAAAGAGCCAUUCAGAGCUGCCAGUGAAUAACCCUGCCCUGCAGCGCUUCAGGGCCAUGACAUUUCCCCACUCCAAGGAAAUGAUGAACAUAUUUCACAAGAAGUUUGGUUUGCACUGCUUUCGGACAAACCAGCUGGAGGCCAUCAACGCUGCUCUGCUGGGUGAAGAUUGCUUUGUCUUGAUGCCUACUGGUGGGGGUAAAAGCUUGUGCUACCAGUUACCAGCCUGUGUGUCUGCUGGAGUCACUAUUGUCAUCUCUCCGCUGAGGUCGCUGAUCAUAGAUCAAGUUCAGAAACUCAAGACUUUAGAUAUUGCUGCAACAUACCUGACUGGUGACAGAACAGAUGCUGAUGCUUCAAAAAUAUAUAUGCAAUUGUCAAAAAAGGAUCCUGUGAUAAAGCUCCUGUAUGUUACCCCUGAGAAGGUUUGUGCAAGCGGCCGACUGAUGUCAGCCCUGGAAAAUCUCUACGACAGGAAACUCCUGGCACGUUUCAUCAUUGAUGAGGCCCACUGUGUCAGUCAGUGGGGUCACGAUUUUCGACAAGACUACAAGCGGCUGAACAUGCUCCGCAAGAAGUUUCACUCUGUGCCUAUGAUGGCUCUCACUGCCACUGCUAACCCCAGAGUACAGAAGGAUAUUCAGAAUCAGCUCGAGAUGCUAAAACCACAAGUGUUUACAAUGAGCUUCAACAGGCAUAACUUGAAAUAUGAUGUGUUGCCCAAGAAGCCAAAGAAGGUGGCAAUGGAUUGCUUUGAAUGGAUUAAAAAGUACCAUCCCCAUGACUCUGGGAUCAUUUAUUGCCUUUCACGUCACGAAUGUGACACAACAGCAGCUAUUCUGCAGAAGGAAGGUCUGGCUGCACUGGCCUAUCAUGCUGGCCUCACUGACUCCAACAGAGAUCUCGUACAAAAGAAGUGGAUUAAUCAAGAAGGAUGCCAGGUUAUAUGUGCAACCAUUGCCUUUGGGAUGGGGAUUGAUAAGCCUGAUGUGCGCUAUGUUAUCCACGCUUCCCUGCCCAAAUCCAUCGAAGGCUACUACCAGGAGUCUGGCAGAGCUGGACGAGAUGGUGAAAUGUCUCACUGUCUGCUCUUCUACAGCUACAGUGAUGUCACCAGACUUAGAAGGCUCAUACUGAUGGAGAAAGAUGGAAACAGUCACACGAGGCAGACCCACUUUAACAACCUGUACAGCAUGGUCCACUACUGCGAGAAUGUCGUCGACUGCCGCAGAAUUCAGCUCUUGGCCUACUUUGGGGAAAUGGAUUUCAACCCCAACUUCUGUAAGGAACACCCAGAAGUCAUUUGUGACAACUGCAAUAGGAAGAAGGAUUACAAAACAAAGAAUGUGACGGAGGAAGUGAAGAGCAUCGUGAGGUUUGUCCAAGAGCACUGUGGGCAAAGGGGACGAGCAAAUGCCAAGGGAAGGACAGGCUCUGGGAGAUACACACUGAAUAUGAUGGUAGACAUUUUCUUGGGUACAGCAAGUGCCAAGAUUCAGUCUGGAAUAUUUGGGAAGGGAGCUGCCUACUCCAGGCAUAACGCUGAGAGGCUCUUCAGAAAACUGGUCUUGGACAAGAUUCUGGACGAAGACUUGUAUAUCACUGCUAAUGACCAAGCUGUGGCAUAUGUCAUUCUGGGAGAGAAAGCUCAGGCUGUGCUGGAUGGGUCACUGCAGGUGGAGUUUCACGAGACAGAAAGUGCCAGUGCCAUCAGAAAGCAAAGGGCUUCCCUGGCAAAGAUGUCCCGGCGGGAAGAGCUGGUCAAGCAGUGCCUUGGGGAGCUCACAGACACCUGCAAAAUGCUGGGCAAAGUCUUUGAUGUCCACUACUUCAAUAUCUUCAGCACUUCGACUCUAAAGAAAAUAGCAGAAAGCUUGUCAUCUGAUGUGGAGGUUUUACUGCAGAUUGAUGGUGUCACAGAAGACAAACUGGAAAAGUAUGGUGCAGAAAUAAUCAAAGUGAUGGAUAAGUACGCUGAGUGCACCCCAGCAGAAGAUGCUGCGGGCCCGAGCGCGGACAGAGCCACGGGAAGCUCCGGCUCGCCCGAGAGCGGCACAGAGGCAGAAGAGGCUGUGACAACCUCCAGCUAUUUUAGCAAUAACACAUGCCAAAGAAGGAAAAGGAAAAGAGCACCGAACUUCAGAGAAUCAAAGAGGAAAAAGACAAGUGCUGGUGGCAGCCAGCAGCUUCAUCCCAAAGGUGCCUACAGCAAGGGCAGAAGGAACAAGAGGCCGACGGGCUCCAAGGCUCCAGCCUCGUCAGGCUGCAGCUCAGCAUCCUCCUGUGUCAGUGCCACACAAGCAGCUGCUGGCAAGCUGGGCAUCAUGGCACCACCCAAACCCAAGACCAGGCAAUUCCUUCAGCCCUCAUAUUCAAUAUUGUGAGGAGGAGAAUGUAAAUACUGUACAAAAGCAAGCCCGGAAGCUUUGAUCAGUUCAAUACACUUUUGUUUCAUCUCCUCAAUUUUCUGAGACU